CUGGAUCUCCGCUUCUAAAAGGUUCUUUUGUUUCUGAAAGCAAUAGUCAUCGCAUGUACUUUGCUUCAAGGUCAGGUGAGCACGAAUCCUAUGUUACCACUAAUAGCGCCAAACCCGUUAAACCUGUUGACUAAACACGAGUGGAGACGCUUGUUCACCGCAGUGUUCUUACGAGGACGGAUAUCAGUUCACACACUCACCUGGCAGGAUGCGAGUGACGUCAUCUUCGCCACCUGUCGAAGUGAAAAAGAAUGAGGAAGAGGACCGUCCUUGAUUCAGGCUUCGGAGACGUUACAGCGUCGACGCUCUGUUUAUCUCCAGGACACACAACUCGGAGCGAUGAUCCGCGAGUUUGCCCAGCGGCAUCACUCGACGCUGAACUUCGCGCUGCUGCUGGUGGGCUACAUCUUGUACUUGUUGUUGGGGGCCGGCAUCUUCUCCGCCAUCGAGCUGCCCUACGAGCAGCAGCUCCGCCGGGAGCUGAGGACGGCCCGACAGGAGUUCUUGAGCAACAACACCUGCGUGUCCGAUGAGCGUUUGGAGGAGUUGCUGAUUCGAGCCGUGAAGGCCAGCAACUACGGAGUCUCGGUGAUCAACGUCAACAACACUGAGCCCCGAAACUGGGGCUUCGUGUCUUCCCUGUUCUUCACCAGCACCGUGCUGACCACCACAGGUUAUGGUCACACUGUUCCACUCUCAGAUGAAGGAAAGGCUUUCUGCAUCUUCUACUCACUCUUCGGCAUCCCUGUCACCCUCUUCUUCCUCUCUGCUGUGGUGCAGAGGCUCAUGGUGGUGGUCACGUGGGGCCCCAUAUCCUACUUCCACCGGCGCUGGGCCUGGUCCAAAUCCAGUUUUGCCACCGUGCACGCCACCUGCCUCGCGCUCUUGAUGACAUUGCUCUUGCUUUUUGUCCCUGCCUGGAUUUUUUUUAACCUGGAGGAGGAGUGGAACUUCCUGGAGUCACUGUAUUUCUGCUUCAUCUCCCUGACCACAAUCGGACUUGGAGAUUAUGUUCCAGGAGAAAACCAGAGUGAAGAGGAAAACCCGCACCCACAGCUCUACAGGCUCUUCAUCACAGUCUACUUGCUGCUGGGCCUGGUGUGUGUUCUGGUGCUGCUAGAGACCUGCUGCGAGCUCCCACAUAUGAGGCGCCUCAGGCAGAAGUUUUAUCAGGAAAGAGUCCAGGAGCUGGACUCGGAGACCACCAAUAUCAUUAAUAAAGAUCAGCUGGAUGACCCUGUGGACCACAUGACUGUUCCACAACUGGUCAUCCCAACUGUGUCGGAACAGACACUGACCAUGAGGAAGAGCACCACCAUGUCCACUCCUUACCUCUCAGCUAAAGGAACACACAGGUGACACCCAAGUCAAAUGAGGGUGAGCGCAUCGGAAACUGAAUAAUCCAAUGUAUUUUAAUCUUGAAUUUUAUAUACAAAGGGGACCGGAAGAUAUUGAAACCUACAUUUUUGCCAACAGUGCUUCCCGUGGACUGUUACAUGAGCAAAACUCAAUUCCCCCCCACGCCCUCCCAAUCUACAGUCUCUAGCACCUUGGAGAGAAUUUUGACACGUGACCUAUUUCCCGUUUUUGGGACAAAGACAACAGAUCUUUUCAUUGAAGAGCCAUUUUUAUGGCUCAAUUCCUCGAGUAUUUGUUCAUAUCCGGCUCAUUAUUCACGAGAAUGGAAUAACAUGUAAAAGUAUUUCCUCAACACCUGGCAGCAGACAUGGGGGUGAGAAUUUUUUAAUAUUUAACAUGUAAAAAAAAAAAAAAAAAAAAAAAAAAGACAUUUACGUUGCAAGUAUAGUUAUUGAACACUAGAUGGUAGCAUUUCUUGAGAAAGGUCAAACUUAUUCUGCGCGUCAUUGUUUCGUUCGAACACAUCCUCAAAUGAGUGAACUCGUACAUAGAUGUUUACUAUGUGAAUUAGCAAAGUUAGCUUUGUUAUUUACCAAAGUGUAAUGGUUGAAAUGGAUUUAUCUGCUCAGACGUUUAUGUCUAGGACUUUUAUUAUGGAUGGCUAUAUUUCUAAAGAUGAUUAAAACGUUUAAGAACCGUGUUUUGCCAGCAUGUUGUCCUCUCAACUACAUAUUGAUUUAUUAAGUUCAUUUUCUUGCGCUACUGUAUAUUUUUUCAUCAUCUAAAAAGAAGUCUUUGGCUCAAGACUUUCAUUUGUCACCUUUUCCUUCCUCUUUUAGUGCAUUAAUUCAUCAAAGGCAAGAACAGUCUUUAAACAAAAUAUAUGUUACUCAAUUUAGUUCAAUUUCUGCUGUUUGUUUAAUAACCUUUUAUUUGUUGACACAAAUAUGCUUUUCAGUUGAAGAAAAGAAAAGUAACACAAACUUUAUUUUUGCUGUGAAAAAGACAUUUCAUCAUGAAACUUGGAAGAAAUAUGACGCCUACAUUUAUUUUUCCUGAAAUGAAGAUGUACUCCUCUACACUCCCGACAUCAGAAAAAAUACAAAUCUGCAGUUGUUGCUUUAAAUAGAGCGCAGAUUAAAUAUGUAUAAACUUGGGUUUAUAUGUUGAUUUAUACAAUUUGCUAUUCACAUACUUGAGGAGACAUUCACAUGCAGACGGCAUACAAACACACAGACACACACUCGCUCACGGAAGUGUCCUUCGGUCGGAGUAAAACUCCGCCAUUAACAAAGCACAUGUCCUUCAAUGUCUUUGCAGUGAUUUCAAACUCUGGUUCCUCAGCAGGCGUUGACCUUUGACGUCACACUCGAUUACUACCUGGCGCUCACGUCUGUGUGUGUUUAAAUAAUGUGUGUUGGCCUGAUGCAGCGGUGCCACAGGGGCCGCAGGCUGAUGAUGAAGAGGAUGAACAGCAGUAUGGCCAUCAGCGUGACGAUGGAUAUGUAGCCAGCUUGAGGAAGAGGUGGUGAGUCUGGAGCUUCCGCUGGGAUCAUGUUGGUCAGGUUCAACAUGUAGCCCAGAGUCCACCCUGCGUCACUGCCCUUGAUCUGUAGCAACAUGAAAAAACAGACCUGAGUCCAGAUGUGAAGACGCAUGUCCAGAUGUUGAAAACACAAACAUGGCGAUGACAACAUAUUCCAACAAUGCAGCAGUGUUUACUGCUUGUUUUCAAAUCAGUCCUCAGUCUGUCCUCAGAUGACAAGACAUACAAUUUACAAACCAGAUUAAACAUGGUCAAUUUUAGGAUAUACGAUUCAUGUUUACCCAGUCACUAGUUUUUAACUUGGCCUUGGUUCUAAAGCAGUUCCCCGAUCACCAACAAAAUGACAGCUGGCCAAUAAACAAAGCAACAGACAGCUUCAUGUUGCCUACAGUGUUGAUAGUGCUCCCUCGCUGUGCAGAGGAAUUCAACACCCAAUAUAGCUCAAGCCAUUUCGGGGUAUAAAUCCUCAAAUCCACAUCAAGAUUGCACCUCCUUCUAGACUUUGUAAAUAGAAGUCCUUCUAUUUACAAAGGUGCUACAUGCAACUGAAAGUAAGCCCCUCCCUGAGCGGUUUCAAACUGAAUUUAAAUUUGCCUCAAUACAUUUUAUAGGCACUCAGACUCAAGUAAUGGCAUCGUCGUUGUAAUAGUAGGAGUAAGGGCUGAAUCUCAAUAUUCAUGCCAGAUAACUAGCUGAUACGAAACAAGGGCUUAAUGAAAGCAAAUGAUUUUUUGGAAAAAAGAAACUGUAUAAACUGUAAUACAAAGAAUGUAGAUGGAUGCUGGCUGUCCUCGAUCAAAGGCAAAUGUGAAAUGACGUUUGCAGUUGGCUGGAAGCGCCACAGUGACUUUGGUCCUGCCUUAUACUUUGCAAGCAGCCUGGGCAGGAGACAUCGAAAAGAGCUCAGUAGGUGGGUUCAAUGAUGAUGUAUCUUUCAGCCCUAGUAGUCGUAAUAAUAAAAUUAUUAUUUU